AUGCCGCUGUACGAAGGGCUGGGGAGCGGGGGCGAGAAGACCGCGGUGGUCAUAGACCUGGGAGAGGCAUUCACUAAAUGUGGAUUUGCAGGUGAAACAGGACCAAGAUGCAUUAUACGGAGCGAAAUUCGAAAACCUGGCCUUGCCAAGCCAAUCAAAGUUGUCCAGUACAACAUCAACACAGAAGAGCUCUAUUCGUAUCUCAUAGAAUUUAUUCACAUGCUCUAUUUCAGGCACCUUCUGGUGAAUCCCCGGGACCGCCGCGUUGUGAUAAUAGAAUCUGUACUUUCUCCCUCUCAUUUUAGGGAAACUCUUACCCGGGUUCUCUUCAAGUACUUUGAGGUUCCGUCUGUCUUAUUUGCUCCUGGUCACCUGAUGUCCCUUCUCACACUUGGCAUCAACUCUGCCAUGGUGCUGGAUUGUGGUUAUGCAGAAAGCCUUGUCCUUCCUGUAUAUGAAGGUAUUCCAAUUCUCAGCUGCUGGGGAGCUCUUCCUCUGGGUGGAAAAGCCAUUCACAAAGAGCUGGAAUCACAGCUGUUGGAGCAAUGCACAGCAGACACAGGGACAGCCAAGGAGCAGAGCCUCCCAUCUGUAAUGAGCAGUGUACCGGAAGAAAUAGUGGAGGACAUUAAAGUGCGUGUUUGCUUUGUAAGUGACCUGCAGAGGGGGCUCAAAAUCCAGGCCGCCAAGUUUAACAUCGAUGGCAGCUCAGAGCGCCCUGCUCCACCCCCUGAUGUUGAUUACCCACUAGAUGGACAAAAGAUUUUGCACGUCAAAGGAGCAAUCAGGGAUUCUGUUGUGGAGCUGCUUUUCGAGCAGGACAAUGAAGAGAAGUCUGUUGCCACAUUGAUCUUAGACUCACUUGUGCAGUGUCCAAUAGACACCAGGAAACAACUGACGGAAAACAUUGUGGUUAUUGGUGGCACGGCAAUGCUGCCAGGAUUUCUUCAUCGGUUAAUGGCAGAGAUUCGUUACUUGGUGGAAAAACCAAAAUAUAAGGAAAUUCUGGCAUCUAAGACCUUCAAGGUUCACACUCCUCCAGCAAAACCAAACUGUGUCUCCUGGCUUGGAGGUGCAAUAUUUGGGGCUUUACAAGAUAUUCUUGGCAGUCGUUCUGUAUCUAAAGAAUAUUAUAACCAGACUGGUCGUAUACCCGAUUGGUGCUGUUUAAACAACCCUCCUCUUGAAAUGAUGUUUGAUGUUGGAAAGUCAGCACCCCCCUUGAUGAAAAGAGCCUUUUAUUGUACCCUUCACUGCUAG